AUGGCUACGGCUACUCCUGAUGUUGUAAGUGGCCCUCUGAAAGUCAACUUUGACAGUAAUGUGGAGCUCACUAUUCACAGUGCAUUUCUCCCAACCGCCCGAUUACUUCAAUGUGACCCAGUGGCACAUGUGACUGUAUUAACCCUACGAAAAGUAACGACUACGCGUAGUGCGAAUAGUGUUGGCCCAAGUAAGAAGGAUAUAACAACAACAAAUAUCGUUGCAAAUGAACGUCAGAUUGCAUCCACACGUCGCCUAUAUUUUACAUCGAAACCAACAUUUAAUGAAACGAUGCGUUUUGUACUUCCUCAUAAUGUAUUUCAGCUUUCUCCUGGAAAUAAUUCACGUACUAUGAUGACUCGUAAAUCAGGGGCAACUAUAUCUAUGGUUGGAACUGGAAAUGAGGAAAAUGAGGAAGAUGGACGUGUUGUAGAGUCUCGUGUUCUUAUUACAUUGGAAGAUGCACAAGGUAAUUUUUACGGACAAGCCACAUGUCCAUUUUCCUUACAUACCCAAAGUAAUUCUACUGAACCUGUACGUAUCAUGUUACAACCACGUAAUAUUCAUGAUAAACAUGAUCCUUUUUUUAAAUCAGAUGUGGCCACACUUUCUCAACAUGGUGUGGAUGACUUUGGUUUUGUAACGAUUUCAUGGAAUGUCUCUCUUGUACCGUAUGGUGGAGCUCUAAUGACGGCAAUGCCAUCUUCUGUAAAUCCUCCAACCUUCCCUGUUGGUCUUGUCCUGCGGGCGACGUGGCUUGUACCUGGGCGAACCUAUCAGCGAGGAACACAAUACACGACAUCCGUAGAGUUUGGUGGUUUAGAUCGUUUUGUCUUUGAUGGGGCCAAUCCGCUCUUUCUGACCAUUCAAGAUGCCACCCAACUGGAGCGGGCCAUCUUCCACUGCACCCUACACAAUCUUCUGAAUCACGCGGACUCGCGGGAUGUGGCGGUGCCGCUGCCGCUGCCGCCGCUUGCCUCCUUUGCGAUGGAGCGGGACGUGAGUUGGGCGGCGGGGGUCUCCGGCCUCGGGAUGUUGAUGGCGACGGUCCGCCUGGUCCGCCAGCCGCCGGCCGCCCACCCCCCGCCGUGCCCCGACGGCCGCUGCAGCCGCGUGAACGACCCGCCGCAUCAGGCCGCCUGCGCCCACGUCGCCCCCGACUGGGGCAGACCGCCGCCCAACACACCGCCGGGCGCCUACAGGCCCAUCAUGUGGGAGUCGGAGGCGCACAUUGCCCGGGCCGUGCAGCGGCGAUGGCGGCAUGACUGCGUUGUCGGAGCAAGUCCAGCAGUGGAACAUGUACGGCAUUUAUUGGAUGUUUUAAUGGGACGGGCCGCGUUAGAUCCAGGCGUCGCUCGUGUUGUGGCCGUUUUCUUUAAUCAGGCAUCCCCUACCGUUUCACAGAAUGAACUGAAGCAACUCCUCGUUAGCUGCGCCUUUCAUGCAAAAGGAAUGACACCACAGGAAUCCGCACGUUUUUGCUUCUUUGCUCUCCGACGGGAUAUGGAACAGGCUAUCGCAAGAGAUGAUAUUGUAUUUAUGCUGGAAAAUGCUCUCAUUGGAAAAACUGUAGAUAUGCCUGAAUCUGAAAUACAACGUCGUGUAACAGAUAUAUUUGGAGAUACCACAUAUGUUAUAUUUGAUGAUUUUCUUCGUUAUUUUAUUAACAAUUAUGCCAUGUGGUAUGCUUUUGGUGUUCCCAUCACAACAGGUGAAGAUUGGACGGUGGGUACUGCUGGUGGAGAGACAUCCUCCUUGGAGGCAUCUCAUCUUAGUCCAUCAUCAACUCUUAGAGCAGAGGGUACAACUGAUGUGGCCCGAUCAUCUUUAUCAACUGCUGCUGCUGCUAAUAAUAAUAAUAAUAGUACUACUACUGCUGCAGUAUCUCAACCAACAUCCGUAGCUGCAGCUGCAGGAACAGGCAUAGGAGGAGCAGUAGCAACGGCAGUUCAUGAAGAUAGUGUCUGGCGCCGAUUUGUUGUUCGGGUUCAGCAUAGCAAUAAGGCAUUCAGUGUAACAGCGCAUGUGAAUGACACUAUUGCAGAAGUUAUGGUAAUGGUACAAAAUAGUACAGGUAUUCGUGCGGCAUGUCAGGAAUGGCGUGCCAAUGGUGUAUUACUGGAUCCCAAAUGUGUAUUGGGUUCCACUGAUAUAGGACUCAGUAAAAGCGAUGAAACUACACCAGAGGUAACCAUUAUCGCACGAGAUGAGGCUGUACGACUUGUGAUGGUCUACAAAGAUAAAGGAUUACGAUGGGAAAUUCGAAUGUCAUCUACUGAAAAGGUAUUAAAACUUCGUGCCCUUGUUCAACAAAAAACGAUGAUACCACUUUCUAGAUGUGUACUGCGGGUUCACGGCACUUGUCUGGUAGAUCGUCAUCAACUCAUGUACUAUCAACUGCAAGAUGGAGAUGUGGUAAACAUAACUCAGGAAUAG